AGCAACCUCUUGUCUUCUGGCCUGUCACUUUCUCUCCCCUACCUAUCCCCUUUUCUGUCUAUAUAAACACUCAGACCCUUUCCAAGAAAGUUACACCCAAGACCCAACUUUUCAUAUAGCUUUUUUCUUGCUUCUUGCUCUCUCGUGUAAGUCCUUUUCUUCUCUUCUUUUGGGGAAAUAAGUAUGACAAAGGCAACCGAAGGAGAAAGUGUCACUCUUGAUCUCCUCAAGGAAAAAAUGGCUGAGUUUGCUAAGGAAAGGAACUGGGACCAGUUUCAUAGCCCCAGGAACCUGCUGUUGGCUCUGGUGGGUGAAGUUGGAGAAUUAUCGGAGAUAUUUCAGUGGAGAGGAGAGGUCCCAAAGGGACUUCCUGAUUGGAAAGAAGAGGAUAAAGUACAUCUUGGUGAAGAGCUCUCAGAUGUCUUGCUAUACCUUGUCAGGCUCUCUGAUAUCUGUGGUAUUGACCUAGGCAAAGCUGCACUGAGGAAAGUGGGACUCAAUGCCAUCAAGUACCCAGUUGGCAGCAAGGGCUCUUCCAAGGAAACAUAACAACAACAAUAAUGAUGGCAAACAUCCCUUGAAAGUUGGGACGUACCUACCACCUACUGUUUUAACAUUUUGGUCUGUCUGUUUAUACUAUAUAUGGAAUGUUAUGGCUAAGUGUCUUAGCUAGGUGCUAUAAGGUUCAAUGGGACUAGAACGACUAAUAGGGGGCAGGGAUGGGGGGAUUUCUUACUCUGUUUGCUCGGUGACUCGUAUGGACGAGUGCUUUUUUUGGCGCUUAUGGAUUCUUACAGAUUAUGUUUACUGUUUUGGAAGAUGAAUCAAAUCCUUCUGACAGAUACGGUGGCGAUUCUGUAACAUUUUUCCUAUCUGCAGUUUUAGCAUUCAGCCCUUCUCGCAACCCAUUCUUUCCUUCUAUGGCUUCUUGGACGUGGAAGGAAAGGAAUGUAACUUGCGGAACGCAAAGGAAAGGGGGAAAUGGACUUUAUGAUGCUAGGAAACAUGAGUUAUUGCAAGGCUCGCAAAUUGUUUGGGUAUUUAAAAUAAAAUCUUUGGAUCGAGUUUACCUUAUAUGAAUAUUACUUAGAUUUUAUCAAGUUAA